AUGGAUAAGGAAGCAGGAGAUGUCAAGACCGAAAAAGUCAUAAAUGAUGCCACCAUAAUUAAAGAUGCCACUUGUAAAAAGAAAAAGAAGAAAAAGCAUAAACACCAUCAUAAACAUAAGAAGCAUGCUAGUGAUAAGCAUGAGAAAUGUGAUAAACAUGAAAAGAAGCAUCUCAAAAAGAGAAAGCAUAAAGAUAAAAAAACUGAAGAUAAUUUAAAUGCCAAAGACAGUAUCAAAAUUAAAGCAAAUGUGAAAAGUGCUGAAAUUGAUGUUAAAGAUGUAAAAGAAGAAAAGAAAUGUAAAGCUCCAAUCAAGGCUGCAGAAAAAACUCAGGUAAAUCAGAAAUUAGUAUCUAGUCAUUCCUUAACUGUUGAGGAAACCCACAAGGAUGAGUGUGAAAAUACCAAAGAAGAGAAAGGUCAGAAUAAUGAGGCACUUGCCUGUUCAAAAGAUGCUGACAUUUUGUCAUCUGAGAAAGCAAAUGACCCUGAACUAAAUAUUAUUUGUGAAAGUGAAAGAGAUUCUGAAAGAAAUAAUGUUUCAGUUAUAGGCUGCUCUAAAGCAGACUGUGCUAGUCAUAGUGAAGUGUUUCUUGGGUUGAAUGCAAGCAGUAAUGUGAAGAUUGAAUCUGAUUCAGAUAUAGAAAUAACUGUUAUAGAGGAUGAUAUUGACUUAGAAGACUUGAUGCAACAGAAGGCUUUAUUACAAGCGCGUCUUGGGGCUUAUAUGUCUGAUGAGGAUGAUGAGCAGGAAGAUACUCAUAAAAAUGACAAAAUUGAAGGAAAAAUAGACCCAGGUUCAAGUAGUGCUUCGUUUAAUGAUAAUAAAUCACCCUGCAAACAGUUAGAUAGAAGAAAGAGGAAGCGUAGUGGAAGUACGAGUCAAAACAAAGACGAAAAACAUAUAAGUGAUGUUAAAACAUCAUCAGCAGAUGAACAAAAAAGUAAGCAUGAAUGUAGAGAAAGAGGGAAAAGCCGAAAUACAACAAAUGAAAAAAUCCAUGAAAUUCUUGACACUAAAAAAAGUCGAGAGAGUGAUAGAAAUUAUCGUUCAUAUAGUGGUGACAAAAAGUCUCAGUAUCGAACGACAGAAACAGAGAAUAAAGACAGUGACAGGCAUCAUAAGGAUGAAAGAAGAUUCAGUAGUACUAAUAAAAGAACUCAGUCAUCAAGAGAACACACUUACUCAAAAGGAAAUAGUACUUAUCGAUCACCAGUGUCUCAUUCUAAAUCAUGUAGCCACAGUAUAAGUCACAGUCUUGAAGUUCGUCGCUGUGAUCGAGGCAGAGAACACAGAUCUGCAUCAGAUCGAGACAGAGACAGAUCCAAUCUAGAAAGAGAAAGGGAGAGAGACCGUGAAAGAGAAAAGGAACAUGAAAGAGAAAGACAAAGAGGGUUGGAGAGGGAAAGAGAUAGGAGGAGAAGAAAUGAAAGUGAAAGAACAAGUGAUAGAAAGAGAGCAUGUCACCAUCGCUCUCGCUCAAGAAGUAAAAACAGAGAGCAUGAAAGAAAUUAUCAUCACUCAAGGCAUUCUAGGCGUGGAAAGUAUGGACAUGAUAAGACAAAUAAAACAAGAGAAAAUGUAUCAGAAAGUCUAAAAGUUGAUAAAUCAUCAUCUGAAGAUGAUGUAGACAAUAUUGAUACCGAGGAUGAAGAUGAAGAACAAAUCAUACAGAAAAGGAGACAACAGCGUGAAGAAUUAUUAAGGAGACUGGGUGCUGCCAGUGAAAACUCUGACCUUUCAAAUGUCAAUAACAUGUCCAGUAUUAGCAGCUAUGAACAUUUGUCUGCAUGUGAGGAGAAGAGUGUGAAUGGUCAGGUGCAUGAAGUUGGUGAAAAGAUUCAACCAAGUGAAACAAAAAUUGAAAGUUCAGUUGUAGAUGUUGCACAGAUUUUGGUGUCUCGUCUUAAUGAACCUGAAAGUGUUCAGAAAGGCACUCUUCCCCUACCAAAUGAAGAUAAACUGGAAAAGCAUGUUUUGAAGUUAAGUAGUCAUCUUCAUGUGGAGAGUAGUGAGGAACCAAAUCUAGGUUUUCAAAAACAUGAGUGUAAAGAAGGGAAAAAGAGUGAAUGGGAUAUGUUUGCUGAAGCAGAUAAUAUGGAAACUUAUAGAAGUCCCAGCACACUAGAUAAGCCUCAGGGUGGACCAGAGAACCCAAGUCUAACAGACAACUGGGAUGAUGCAGAGGGCUACUACAGAGUCCGCAUUGGGGAAGUUAUGGAUGGACGAUACGUUGUUUAUGGAUAUACAGGUCAAGGUGUGUUUUCAAAUGUUGUCAGAGCAAGAGAUAAUGCUCGUAAUGGUAUGGAUGUUGCUGUAAAAAUUAUUCGAAAUAAUGAAGUAAUGCACAAAACGGGCUUAAAGGAACUGGAAGUGUUGCGGCGUUUAAAUGAUGCAGAUCCAGAUGACAAGUUUCAUUGCUUAAGACUUUUCAGACAUUUUUUUCACAAAAAUCAUUUGUGCAUGGUUUUUGAACCCUUGAGUAUGAAUCUUCGUGAAGUACUUAAGAAGUAUGGAAAAGCCGUUGGAUUGCAUGUUAAGGCUGUUCGUUCAUACACUCAGCAAUUGUUCUUAGCCCUAAAACUUCUGAAAAAAGCCAAUAUUCUUCAUGCUGAUAUCAAGCCUGAUAAUAUUUUGGUCAAUGAAAGCAAAUUGGUGUUAAAGUUGUGUGAUUUUGGAUCAGCAUCACAUGUUGCAGAAAACGAAAUCACACCAUAUCUUGUUAGUCGUUUCUAUAGGGCUCCAGAGAUAAUUUUAGGUCUUCCUUAUGAUUUUGGUAUUGAUAUGUGGUCAGCUGGGUGUACAAUAUAUGAAUUAUACACAGGAAAAAUUAUGUUUUCUGGUAAGACAAAUAACCAGAUGUUAAAAUUUUUUAUGGAUUUGAAAGGAAAAAUACCUAAUAAAUUAAUCAGGAAAGGAUCCUUUAAAGAGCAGCACUUUGAUGGCAAUUGCAACUUUUUGUACCAUGAAGUAGACAAAGUAACAGAGCGUGAAAAAGUAGUGGUGAUGUCAACAUUGAACCCAUCUCGGGAUUUGUUGGCUGAGUUGAUUGGCAAUCAAAAUCUUCCUGAGGGUCAGAUGAGAAAGGUUAACCAGCUGAAGGAUUUACUAGAAAAAAUUCUAAUGCUAGACUCAUCAAAACGACCGGCUAUUAACCAAGCUCUCACUCAUCCUUUUAUCCAGGAAAAGAUAUGA